AACAACAACGGGAAUUCUCUCUUAUGCAUCCCGCAGUUUAUCCUCAAGUCCCUAUUGCUCAUCAUUACAAUUACAGAGGAAUACCGUGGUCAUCCCCACAACCAUGGGGAAUACCCAGAACUUAUAAUGGACCUCCUCUCUAUACACAACAACAACAACAAGGAUACACAACGGAGGAGUUUCCUCAGAAUAUAUACACAGAUCCACCAGGGGAAGCUCCAAUCUCGAAUGAACACUAUUUACGGCAGCGUAGAGAUACUCGUUAAAACCACCAAUAAGAAGAGAUGA